CUCCGAGCCAACAAAUAAAAAAUAAAAAAAGAAAAGAAAAAAAAGAGUAAAAAGGAAUUAGAAGAAAGUGUGAAGAGUAAUAAAUUUACAUAUUUUCCCUCCCGCAUAUCAACAACAUACAUAACAAGAAAGAAAUCAUAAGAAAAAUUUUUGUACAUAAAAAAAGAUAUCUUAUACUUUUUGUGAGUUUUUUAUAUCUAUGCUAUAUCUCCUCAUCCAUUCUGAGGGGUGAAAAGUGGCAGUGCGAGAGAAUUUAUAACACAUAAAAAAAGCAAGAAAAAAAAUAAUCAAAUUAAAUUCUGCUGAAAAUUAAGUUCGAUUCAGUGCAAUUCGGUGGAAAAGGAUUUAAAAUUUAGCACAGAAAGAGUUCAAUUUGUUGGAAUUCAGCGUUAAGAGAUUUCAACUUAGUGCUAUUCAGCAGAAAAGGAUAAUAACUUAGAUAAAGCUCAAUUCAGUGCAUUUCGACUGAACAAUAAUAUAAAUUCAGCGCAAUUCACCAAAAAAUAAGCUCAAUUCAGCGCAAAGGGAAUAAAAUUCAGUCCAAAAAUAUUUAAAAUCAGCAAAAACUUAGCUCAAUUCAGCGUAAUUCAGCUACAAAGAUUACAAAUUCAGCUGACAACUAAGCUCAAUUCAGCUUUGAAAAAAUCCCAAUUCAGCUGAAGAUUAAGAACUUAUAAGAAACCAAAUAAAGGCAUCAGCAAAAAUGUUUUUCCAAAAUCUAUCAAAACGGAAAAUCCUCUUGCUGAUAAUCAAUGCUUUGAUUUCCAUUUUGAUGAUAUCCUGUGUCAUCUUCCUAUAUUAUUAUCUACCCGCAAGCCAUCAAAAAACAUUUACGGUCGAAAAGGAGAAUUCUGUCCAUAUCACAAAAAGCUAUUACGGAAAUGCAAAUAAUAAUAACAAUGGAAUGAACAGCCUCAGCAAUGGCUUUGUGAAUUCAAAUGUUAGAAUUUCCUCAGGCCGAAGGCCAACACCUAUUGAUCGUACUUACUCGUCAGGUCUCAACUCAUACUCGUCAUUGUCCUCGAGCUCGUCGUCAGGCUCACAAGAGGAGGCAAUCGAUGACACAAUUUAUAUCGAUAAUGACAAUUAUGGAGACGAAAGCUACGAUAAUUCUGGCAAUUUUGCAAAUGAGAAACCUGCAACGGCGCCAGUUACAAUUAUUGAAAGGCCCGUCGAGAGAAAUCAAAUGACACAAAGCGAUGAUGAUCUCUAUUAUGAGAAUUACGACGAUACUGAUGAUGAAGAUAUUGAUAUUGUAUCGAGUGGCAAUGGAAAAAUUAUCGUAAAUAUUAGAAAGCCAUUACCAAUAAGGACAACACAUAAAAUGCGGACAACAACAACAACAACAUCAACAACGGAACAGCCCGAGCCAAUGCAACCAGUAGUUGAGAAUGUUUAUAGUGUAAGCAGCGAAAUCGUAUCGAAUUUGAAGAAUCAAUAUAGUGUCGAGGACAUAAAGCAAAUAAAUAAAGCUGACAGGUCAUCAUCAUCAUCAGAUGGAGAAUAUGAUAAGGAGGAUGGUCCUGAUUUAGACGAAUGGACGACGGAAACAGAUGCAAAGGGAAAAAGAUUAAUUGGAAACAAUAAAAGUCUCGUGGAGAGAUCGAGGCAGUUACUGCUAUGCGAGUCAGCUCGUACUGGAGAACUAUGUCGAAUGCUUUUUAAGGGAACUGUUGGUUAAAUUAAUGACUUUUAAUUAAGUUUUUUUCCUUUCUUUCCUUUUCUUCAUACCAACUUUAAUUUCUGUUUCGUUGAUUCUAUUUCUGUGGCCGGAAUUCCUGAAACUUUUUUAUUCUCUUCCAUCCUCUACAUCUCAAGCUAUAUGGAUGGAAUAUUGUGAAAUUGGAAAUGAUAAAAAAAAAAAAUAGUGAAAAGAAAGAUUUUUUUUCUAUUUAAUUUUGCGCGCUACAGAAUAUUUUCUUAUACAUAGUAUAGAUGGAAAAUGGAAAAGUUUUUUUUUUUAUAAUGAAAAAGAUGGAAUAAAACGUAGAGAAAUAACAGAGAAAAGAUUAUAUUGACGGGCUAAUCCAUAGAGGGAAAUGUAAUUGAAAAGUUUUUGCAUCUGAAUUUUACGCUAAUUAAUGGACUUGCUGUGUUAAAUGUUGUUUCUUUGUGAAUUACUAGGAAAUAUUAGGUUUGUUUUCAGCUAGUUUUUGCUGAAUUCAGAUUUAUUCAACUGAUUUCAAUUGAAAUCAGCUUGAUUCAGCGAACUUGCUGAAUUGAACUUGAGGCAGUUGAUCGUUACUGAAUUCAGCUUGAUUUGGACUAAUUCAGCUGAUUUUAAUUGAAUUUUACUUGACUUAAAAGAUUUUUCUUAAAGCCAGCAUAAUUUGACGGAUACUUGUUAAAUUCAACUUAAUUCAACUUAUCAUUGCUGAAUUCAGCUUGGUUCAACUGAUUGUUGCUGAAUUCAGUUCAAUUUGGUUUUGUUUGAUAUGGUUAAAAUAAGCUUAAUUGUGCUGAAUUCAGCUAAGUAUUUGACAUCAUCAAGAUGCAAUUGAGCUGAAUUCUAGUCAAAAAAAGUUUAAUUCAGCGCAAUUCAGCUAAUAAACUAAGCUCAGUUCAUCAAAUUAUGAAACCAAUCAAUUCCUAAAACCAAAGCAAAUUAUAACCUCAAUCUAAAUUCAUAAACAGCAAGGACUGUAGACAUUGAAUCAAAAUUACCUAAGAGGAUAGCAAUUUCUAACUGCCAUAACGCAAUAAUUGACAGUUUCACAGUUCACUAAACGUGAAAAAUGGAGCAGAAAAUUGCAAAUUGAGGUAAAAAGCUUUGCAUUGUGAAUUGGUGCAGGAUAUUCAGUUACAUUUCUCUCCAGAAAGAAUAAGCCUUGUCAUUUAUGAAUUUGGACAUUUGUGUAAGUUGAGAGAGAAGCUCAUUGGACAUGUAAUCGACAAAUUCUUAUCUGAAAUAUUUAUUUUUUGUUCCUUUCUUACUUGUAUAGAAACAUAUACAACAUUCAGUUUCAUGCCAAGCACAAACUGUGCAAUUUAUUGCUUUUUGAUGACUGUGCAAUAUGAAUGAAAAAAAAGUAUAAUAAUAAUAAUAAUAAUAUGAGAAAAAAAUUGCUAUAAUUGAGUGAAUGUGAAUGGUAGGAAAAAAAAGAGAUGAAAAUGAUUUAUAUGAAAAGUAUUUCGC